CGCUAAUCGUGAUACGGAGGGUUUUCAAUCUUUCCGUGAUCUAUUCGUAUAUACCCUUCUCCAGUAGACGGACUGCACUUACGUCGUUGCUACUGCUGUUGAAACGACUUACUUUGUUGUACAUGUGGACGAUGGAACGAGCCCAUCCUCCCACGUGCGGCGGCGUGAGGGUCCUUCGGUCACGUACGUGGAGGAGAGCGCGCUCGGCAUCCUUUGCGAUAUCCGUCAUCCUCGCCGUCGUAGUAUUCCUCUCCAUGCUGUUUUCCACAUCGCACGCGUACGGCAGGGGAUCCCCGUCACGACACGUCGCGUCAUCGUCGUCAAGCACUCGUGUGCCUACGACGGCACCGGACGUUCGACACGUACCUUCGUUCACGACUACCCGACGACAAGCGUGUCUGGCUUUCUGGGGCUUCUGUGGUGCGGCUGUGGUUGUUCCACCCGGAAACGCCGCCUACGUACUCAACGACGACAGUGGUGAAUACGAACAAGUUGAGGAUCAGGAUUGGCAGACGACCUGGAAGGAACGAUUGGAUAAGGCCAGUACCAUGUCCCCGGAUCAGGUAUUUCUCGCCGCCAAGGGCGCCGGUAACGUCGAUUUGAAACAGGGACCGGAAACGGACGUCAGCAAAAAGCGACGCGCCAUGGCGGGUUGUCGUGACAAGACACUCCGCCAAAAGGCGGGUUUGUCGGAAGAAAAAGCCUGCAACGCCCGAGUCUUGCAAGGGGAUUUCGACUUUAUGAUUCAAGCCAUGGAUGGCAACUAACAGGCAUGUCCUGAUAUUUUGCUAGUUCCAGCUCUAGCGUUUUUCGUACUGUUCCGGUGCCCGUCCAAAGGUACAAUUCACAAAGCCGGAACAGCCUUUGUAGUUCGAU